AUGAAGCUCAUCAUUGUUGAACACGAGACUUGGAUCUACGAUUACGAUCGGAAACAGCCGAUCAAUCCAGUGAAUAUCGUGCAAAAGGUGAACCAAGACCGAAAAACCCACGCCAAAAUCACUCAUAAAUCAAGGUCGGAAUUAUGGACAGACAACACUUGGUUUUGCAUCAUGGUCAGUGUACAAGGGCACGCUAUUGAUAUUGAUAAAUUCAGAGUAGACUCGGAUGAUGGGUUUGAAGUCGAUUUUAAAAUUGACAUGCAUGGAGGUGAAUUAGAAGAGCACCUUAGGGCUCCAGAACAACCUGAACACCACAUGGCUCCAGAAGAACCUGAACACCAGAGAGCUCCUGAAGAACCAGAGCAUCACAGAGCUCCCAAACAACCUGAACACCAAAGGGCUCCCGAACAACCAGAACACCACAGGGCUCCCGAACAACCAGAACAGCACAGGGUUCCCGAACAACCAAAACAUCACAGGGCUCCUGAACAUGCAGAAUACCACAGGGUUCCCGAACAACCAAAACAUCACAGGGCUCCCGAACAGCCAGAAUACCACAGGGCAACCGAACAACCUGAACACCAUAGGGCUCCCGAACAACCUGAACAUUACAGGGCUCCCGAACAACCAGAACACCAUAGAGCUCACGAGCAACCUGAACAUCACAGGGCUCCUGAACAACCUGAAAACCACAGGGCUCCCGAACAACCAGAAUACCAUAGAGCUCACGAGCAACCUAAACAUCACAGGGCUCCCGAACAAUCUGAACACCACAGGGCUCCCGAACAACCAGAACACCACAGGGCUCCCGAACAACCAGAACACCACAGGAUUCCAGAACAACCAAAACAUCACAGGGCUCCCGAACAGCCAGAAUACCACAGGGUUCCCGAACAACCAAAACAUCACAGGGCUCCCGAACAGCCAGAAUACCACAGGGCACCCGAACAACCUGAACACCAUAGGGCUCCCGAACAACCUGAACAUCACAGGGCUCCCGAACAACCAGAACACCAUAGAGCUCACGAGCAACCUGAACAUAACAGGGCUCCUGAACAACCUGAACAUCACAGGGCUCCCGAACAACGAGAACAGCACAGGGCUCCCGAACAACCUGAACAUCACAAGGCUCCCGAACAACUAGAACACCACAGGUCUCCCAAACAACCAGAACACCACAGGGCUCCCGAACAACCAGAACACCACAGAGCACCCGAGCAACCUGAACAUCAUAGGGCUCCCGAACAACCAGAACACCACAGAUCUCCCGAACAACCAGAACACCACAGAGCUCCAGAACAACCUCAACAUCAUAGGGCUCCCGAACAACCAGAAUACCAUAAAGCUCCCGAACAACCUGAACAUCACAGGACUCCAGAACAACCAGAACAACACAGGGCUCCCGAACAACCUGAACACCACAGGGCCCCCGAACAACCUGAACACCAAAGGGCUCCCAAACAACCUGAACACCACAGGAUUCCCGAACAAUAUGAACAUCACAGGGCUCCCGAACAAUAUGAACAUCACAUGGCUCCCGAACAACCUGAACAUCACAGAGCUCCCGAACAACCAAAACAUCACAGGGCUCCCGAACAGCCAGAAUACCACAGGGUUCCCGAACAACCAAAACAUCACAGGGCUCCCGAACAGCCAGAAUACCACAGGGCACCCGAACAACCAGAACACCAUAGGGCUCCCGAACAACCUGAACAUCACAGGGCUCCCGAACAACCAGAACACCAUAGAGCUCACGAGCAACCUGAACAUCACAGGGCUCCCGAACAAUCUGAACACCACAAGGCUCCCGAACAAACAGAACACCACAGGGCUGCCGAACAACCUGAACAUCACAGGGCUCCCGAACAACCAGAACACCAUAGAGCUCACGAGCAACCUGAACAUCACAGGGCUCCCGAACAAUCUGAACACCACAAGGCUCCCGAACAAACAGAACACCACAGGGCUCCCGAACAACCUGAACAUCACAGGGCUCCCGAACAACCAGAACACCAUAGAGCUCACGAGCAACCUGAACAUCACAGGGCUCCCGAACAAUCUGAACACCACAAGGCUCCCGAACAAACAGAACACCACAGGGCUGCCGAACAACCUGAACAUCACAGGGCUCCCGAACAACCAGAACACCAUAGAGCUCACGAGCAACUUGAGCCUCACAGGGCCCCCGAACAACCUGAACCAUACAGAGCUGCCGAACAACCUGAACAUCACAGGGCUCUCGAACAGCCAGAACACCACAGGGCAGCCGAACAACCGACACACCACAUGGCUCCCGAACAACCUGAACAUCACAGGGCUCCCGAACAGCCAGAACACUACAGGGCACCAGAGCAACUUGAACAUCAUAGGGCUCCCGAACAACCAGAACACUAUAAAGCUCCCGAACAACCUGAACACAACAGGGCUCCCGAACAACCUGAACACCACAGGGCUGCCGAACAAUCUGUACAUCACAGGACUCCCGAACAAUCUGAACAUCACAGGGCUCCCGAACAACGAGAACAACACAGGGCUCCCGAACAACCUGAACAUCACAAGGCUCCCGAACAACUAGAACACCACAGGGCUCCCAAACAACCAGAACACUACAGGGCUCCCGAACAACCAGAACACCACAGAACUCCCGAACAACCAGAACACCACAGAGCUCCAGAACAACCUCAACAUCAUAGGGCUCCCGAACAACCAGAAUACCAUAGAGCUCCCGAACAACCUGAACAUCACAGGACUCCAGAACAACCAGAACAACACAGGGCUCCCGAANUUGCAAAAGACUUAUUCAGCCAAUAG